AGAGCCCUCACUAAUACAAUCCCAACAGGCAUCCUCGUGUACAGAGCACACAGGAUCAUCGAGUCCUGCCAGGAAGCCUUCAUCCUGCGUCUCUUCCGACAAAAAAACAAGCAUGGCUUCAUCAAAGCUUUCACCGACAACGCUGUUGCCUUUGACACUGGCUUUUGUCAUGUGGAAAGAGUGAUGAGGAACCUUUUUGUGAGGAAGCUCUACCUGUGGCCGAGGUUCCAUGUAGCGGUCAACUCAUUCUUGGAACAGCACAAGCCUGAAGUCGUAGAGAUUCACGUGUCCAUGACUCCCGCCAUGCUUGCCAUCCAGACGGCCAUACUAGACAUCUUAAAUGCCUGUCUGAAGGAACUGAAGUGCCACAACCCGUCGCUAGAAGUAGAAGAUUUAUCCUUAGAAAAUGCUCUUGGGAAGCCAUUUGACAAGACAAUCCGCCAUUACUUGGACCCUUUGUGGCACCAGCUUGGAGCCAAGACUAAAUCCUUGGUGCAGGAUUUGAAGAUACUAAGGACUUUACUGCAGUAUCUCUCUCAGUAUGAUUGUGUUACGUUUCUUAAUCUUCUGGAAUCUCUGAGAGCAACAGAGAAGGUGUUCGGUCAGAAUUCAGGUUGGCUUUUCCUGGACGCUAGCACCUCCAUGUUUGUGAAUGCUCGUGCCCGAGUUUACCGUGUUCCAGAUAUCAAACUGAGCAAAAAGGCCAAAACAUCGGAAAAGAUGGCAAGUCCAGAAGGGCAAGGUCAGGCUUUUCAUGCGUCUCUGUUCCCAGUGGCCAUUGUGACCACAGUGGCGUGGAAGCAGGUGUCAGCUUAA